ACAUAUUGUUAUUAUAAUUGUGCUUAUCAACAUGUGAAGGUUAUCAAUUGAUGUUUUGUUUACUUCCAACACGUACGUAUGUUUCCACAGUUUGCUUUUAUCACGUCAUUCUUUAAAAAACGAUCGGACGAGUUGGAACGGUUGUGAUGUUUGUAGUUCCUCGUAGUGUAAUUUUGUUGCUGCUCGUCUCGGAGGGUCUCAUCAAUCAUUCCAGUUGUGAAGUGGAAGACACCCUCUUAUCUGUGAUUGUGAUUUACAGGCAUGGCGACCGUGCUCCUAUUCGUCCAUACCAGACGGACCCGUACAAGGAUCCCUCGAACUGGCCAAUGGGGUGGGGCCAGUUGACCAAGAUUGGAAAGCGGCAGCAGUACGAUUUGGGGCGGUGGUUGAGAGAACGGUACAAGAACUUCCUACCGGAGGAGUUCUCCCCCAGGGACAUUUACGUACGGUCAACAGAUGUCGACCGCACCCUAAUGUCGGCUCAGUGCAACUUGGCCGGUCUUUUUCCACCGGAUGCAAAUCAAACUUGGAACUCCAACCUGGCAUGGCAACCGGUUCCGGUUCACACGGUACCCGAGCAGCUCGAUCCUGUGCUCUCAAUGAAGAAACCGUGCGAGAGAUACAGGCAGCUUUACCAGGCCUUGUUUACGACACGCGAAUUUGUCGACAUCCAACGGGAAAAUCGGGAGUUAUACGAGUAUUUGACUCAGAAUACGGGCAACGAGAUCUACAACCUGGAAACCUUGGAGCAACUGUACAACACGCUCUUCAUCGAAGAGCUACAUAACCACACACUACCGGAGUGGACCAAAUCGGUUUACCCCCACAAAAUGGCGCGGUGGGCGGACAUGUCGUUCGCCCUCUACACUUACAACCCCAAACUGGCAUUGCUUAGGACCGGUCCGUUAAUGGACGUGAUAUACAAAGCGUUCGACAAUGCCUCUCUACCGAAAAUGCACAUGUUCUCCGCUCACGACACGACCAUCGCCGACAUUCUGAACACCCUCGGCAUUUUUGACCGCCACUCCCCACCCUACGCGUCCACGAUUCUCUUCGAGCUGCGCGCCCGUGGCGUUAACCGGCUGGUCAACAUCCUCUACAAGAACUCCACCACCCCUCAGAGGAUGAUAUUGAAAGACUGCCAAUUUGAUUGUCCCCUGGACACGUUCAAUGAGAUCCUGGACCGGAUCCGGCUGUCCGACGGCGAGUGGGAGUCGGCCUGCGAGGCGAGGUUCUUGGGUAUGGUUCAGUUUGGAACGCUGCAAACCGGCGUUUUUCUGGGCUGUAUGGGUCUGCUGUUCGUGUUGCUUUGUAGUUUUAUUAUUAGCAUCGUCUGGUCCAGGCGGAGGAGGGAGACUGUUAAUUACCUUAGGAUACCAAACCAGGAAGAGUGAUCUAAUUGUACUUAAACGAACACAUUUUUUUAAUGUGAUAAUUCUUUUUGUUAUUGUUUAUUGUUUAAGGGGAAAAGUUUGUAAUAAUUAAAUUAUUGGAUAUUGUA